GAUCCAUAACUGAAAAACCCUAGCAUACCUUCGUUUUGUAGUUACGCCGUUAAAUAUGAGGAUUUGAGAGCAGAAGCGUGCUCUUCCAAGACCCAGAGCUGCAAUGGGGAUCGAUCUUAAAGCUGGGGGUAAGAGCAAGAAGACCAAAAGAACCGCACCCAAGUCCAAUGAUAUCUACCUCAAGCUCCUUGUCAAGCUUUACCGCUUCCUUGUUCGAAGGACUGGCAGCAAUUUCAAUGCUGUAAUACUAAAACGCUUGUUCAUGAGCAAGGUUAACAAGCCUCCGAUUUCUUUGUCAAGGUUAAUUAAGUACGUGAAGGGGAAGGAAGAUAAAAUUGCUGUUGUAGUGGGGACUGUAACUGAUGAUAUCAGAGUGUAUGAAGUUCCGGCAUUAAAAAUUACCGCACUUAGGUUUACAGAGACUGCACGAGCAAGAAUAGAAAAGGCGGGUGGUGAAUGCUUGACAUUCGAUCAGCUUGCCCUCAGGGCUCCUUUGGGGCAAAAUACGGUUCUUCUUAGAGGUCCCAAGAAUGCUCGGGAAGCUGUGAAACACUUUGGUCCUGCUCCUGGUGUGCCGCACAGCCAUACCAAGCCAUAUGUACGAUCUAAAGGAAGAAAGUUCGAGAGGGCUAGAGGAAGGAGGAACAGCAAAGGAUUUAGGGUUUGAGAAGAUAACGUUGCUCUACUUUUUUAAAGUGUUGUCACUACUGAAAUUUAACUUUUUGCUUUAUCAUAGGUGUUGAUUACAGUAUUUAUGAUAUUUCUGUUCUGAUAAAUGAUUUUGUGUGUAUGGACAUCGUUUUGGUUCUCGCCUUUGUUUUUCUUUUACGUGUAUUAAAAGCUCGCAUACGAUCCCCCAAUUUAAAGGCUAUCCAUUUUUCGU